GCUGUAGGUGGUGGUGUACUGUUAUACAUGCUGCAGCUCGAGUCCCACAGAAGAAGCAGAGAAACUCGGAACUCCCUUCUUCUCCUGUUAAUGUCACCAAGUUUGGUAACUUGGAUGAAGUAACUCGAACUUAAGAAAGCGUUUAAAAACCGAGUAAAAAAAUGCGCGACAGGACCAAAGAACUGGGAAAUCCCGCAGAUGGCUCAGAUGAUGAUGAGGAAGGCACAGCACUCAUGAUCAAGCCUGGCUCAGGUAACUCGGUAAAGGAGGAGAAAGAAAAUGAGGCUUUCUUUCGGAAGGUCCAUGAGAUUCGAGAGGGUCUUGCAACUCUUAAGAAGAAAGUAUCUGAACUGGAGAACAAACAAAAAACUGUUUUAGGUGUAGCACUUCCAGAGGAAAGUAUGAAAAAGGAACUUCAGACUUUAAGAGAUGAGAUCAAAGUAUUAGCUACCCAAAUCCAGAAAAAAAUGAAGAGUAUUGAACCCAAGAAAACUGACGAAGAUGGGAAAUAUGUUCCAAUAAACUUAAGAAUGCAAAGAACGCAGCAUGCUGUCCUGUCACGAGACUUCAUUGAGUCUAUGAGUUACUGUAACACAAUUCAGGCCCACUACAGAGAUAAAAAUGUAGAGCGGAUACAAAGGCAACUCAAAAUCACUGGCAAUAAUGUGACCGAUGAACAGUUGGAAUCAAUGCUUGAGAGUGGACAGACUGAUGUUUUCACACAAAAUAUCUUGGCAGAUGCCCAAGCCACCAAGCAGGCACUAAAUGAGAUUGAGUCUCGGCAUGAUGAGAUUCUUAAACUGGAGAAAAGCAUCAGAGACCUUCACGACAUGUUUCAGUAUCUUGCCAUGGAAGUAGAGGCACAGGGAGAAAUGGUUAAUCGUAUAGAAAACAACAUAAUUAAUUCUACUAACUAUGUAGAGAAGGCUGUUGAAGACACAGCACAAGCUGUUGUCUCACAUAAGAAGGCCAGAAAGAAAAAAAUUUUCAUUGCAAUGUGCAUUGCAAUUUUAAUUUUGAUACUAGCCAUUGUCCUGGGUUUGUCCUUGAGCUGAGAUCAGUCCAUUACUAUUACAGAGAUUAGAAAAUCCAUCACUGGAUCCAGAUUACAAGACCUAGUGGAAAGCCUUCCUGGAAGAAAGGAUGUUAUUGCAGCAAAAGGGGGACUACUCCAUAUUAAUACCCGUGGGUCUGGAAUGGGAUGUUCACUGAGCACAGAUGGGUCUUGAUGGUCAGAUGUCAAGAUACUACAAGCCAUAGUGAACUUACCAGUGAUGAAUUAAAGGGAAAACAAUUUCAGGCCACCCAAAGUCAGAUAUAUGAAAGACCACUGUUCUAAAACAUAUUCCCUCAAACCACAUAGCCUUAGAUGAUGCUAUUGGAGAACACUGUUUAACACAUCAGUGCAAAUUCUCCCAUUUCUUAUGUAUUUUUAUGUAUGCUUGUACGUUGAAAAAGUCUUAAAUAUUAUUAUUGUUGUUGGUAAUAAUUUCAUUUCUCCUCUUCCCCCAGUGUCAUCCUUCUGCUGGUUUCCUCUGCUUUGCAAUUCAAACCAUUUUUUUCAAUAGUCACCUCAAAUUAACCACAUUCUCUUCAUAUCUUUUAGGUUAAUGAUUAAUGUACUUUUGACCCAGAGAUAAACAUUGAUUUUUUUCAAACUUGUUAUGCAAUAUGGUAAAUAAGGUUCACACUAACACUUAAAAAAGUCAUUGUAAGACAAAACUGACCUAGAAAUACUGUUCUCAGGAAACCCAAAAAGAUAACAGAUUUUUAAUAUAAAAGCACACAGAAGAACCUCAGAAUCACUAAGAUAUUUGAGCUUUGUUUUUAGCUUUCUGUUAAAUGUUUUAUUUUGUUCAAUUAUAAUUCUAUGUUGAGAAGAAAUUUCAUCUGUAUCUGUACAUACACAAACUAAUCUUUUUACAUUUUUACUUUUAUUUUUACAGCAUCUGCUUCUGAACUUAUAAUUGUCAUUAAUCUGUAGUGUGAGCUGCACCCUGCAAAGGAUAGUAGUCCAGUAGACCUAAAAAUGUGCUGCAAGUUAAUUAUUGGGGUUUUGUCUCAAAUAGAAUAUGUAGAUCUGCUUUGAAGCAUCUGAUAUGUACAGUCAUUAACCAUUUAGUGCCUUUUCCCUGGUGCUUUUGCAUAUUUAACUUCUAUCUGUAUGAACUUAUUGGCAGGUAAUGUCAGACAGAAUAUUGCAAUAUUUUGUUGCAUGGUGUGCUGUCAUUUUGUACUGAACUACCUGUAAUUUUAAUACAGAACUGUUGUUUUAAAAUAAAAUGUAUCAUAUACUAAA